AUGGCUGACCUUCCGCAGGAGAAGCGGCGCAAGGUGGAGCCCUGGCCCAGCUUCCCGGGCCUUGGCUGUGGCGAGCGGGAGGGUAGAGGCGAAAGUGGCUCCGUGCCCCUGCGCGCGGUGGCCAAGGUGGCAGAUGCCACGUGCCCGGAUGCACCAGCGGCUGGGCCCAUUGCAUCAGGCAUUGCGUUUCUGGAUCACAUGGUGGAUCAGCUGAACUCCCACGCGCAGCUGCGGGUGUCCCUUCAGGUCUGGCUGGGUGACGCCUGUAUCGAGCCGCAUUCCAACGAGUCCCGGGCCUCGGGGUGCGACGGCCAGGUUGUGGCUCUGGCCGGCGCCGCCUUGGGUGCCGCCGUGAAGGAGCUGCUGGACGGCGCGCAUGGGCAACGCAGGGCCAAUGGCGGAUCUUUUCGCUUCUGCGCGCCGCUGGAUGAGGCCUUCACAGAUCUCCGACUGGAGUUCCCCCAGCUGGGAGAGAAGGCGCUCGGCACGGAGAUUGACUUGGCCCCCUAUGGCUGCUUUCCACGUGGUGGCCGCCGACAGAUUGGCUCCUUUCGUACCGAGCUGACAGAGGUCUUUCUGCAUGCCUUUGCCGAGGCUUUAGGCGCGUCGCUCAAGGUCCGCAAGGUCCGUGGCGACAACGCCCAUCACAUAGUCGAGGCCACCUUCAAGAGCCUGGCGCGGUGCCUUCGCAGCGCCCUCGACGCCUUCAGCGGCGCUUCCGAAGGAGCCUUCGCCUUCGCCUCGGCGGCAAAGCCAAGGCGUGGCGGGAAGCAGCGCAGCACCAAGGAGACGAGCAUUGACGUCUCAAUUGAUCUUGACACGGCUGCUGAAGCUGAUGCCAACGGGCUCGCCACUGGGCUCCGCUUCCUCGACGUGCUGAUCGGGCGGUUACGGGCUGCGGCUGGCGUGGGCUUGCGCGCCUGCUGCCGAGGGGACACCUGGAUCGAUGACCAUCACAGCACUGAGGACGUGAUGAUCACGGUCGGCAAGGGCUUGGCUGAAGCGCUGGGCGAUAAGGCCGGCUGCACACGCAUGGCGUGGGCCGAAGGCGCCGAGGGUGCUGCGCAGGUGCUCUGCGUGAUGGACCUCUCAAACCGGCCUUCCUUCUGCAGCGAUCUGCGGCUGCAUGCGAAAGACGAAGAAUUCGUCGACGAUGUGUCCGUGGAGAUGAUCCACCACUGUUUCGAGUCCUUCGUCAUGAACGGGCUCAUGACCGUGCACCUGCUGCAGGCGCUCCAGAGUCAGAGUGCAGCGGGUGUGCAGCGCCCGAAGCAACGGCGGCGUCCGCUCGAGAGGUGGCGCUUGCCGCGGCGGAGGCCCUGGGAAGCGCGUUGA